AACCUAGCCUACUCUAGGGAAAGCCCAUGGCUCGGGUUACGCGUUGCAUGAUAGUGCAGUGGCUGUGACUAGCGGGGACUUACGUCAUGGUUGAAACUUUGAAACUGUGCCCUCCAUGUUUUGGGGAAGUAACACAUUUUGACAGCGGAAGACCAUUAUCAACGAGAACGAUAGGCUAUACUCGAGAGACGGCAACCUUUAGCAAUAUUUAACUGUCAACAUUCAUUUCAGUUAGUCUGCUGUAGUAACAAUUCCUCCUUCUCAGUGGGGGUAAUAGCCUAUUCAUCGAGAAUGCAUUGGAUACAUCUUAACUUUUGUGCAAUUAUGACUUAUAGCCUUGAAUAGGCUUGCUUUAUUGAUGAAAAGUUUAGUUGGAAUCACCAAGAAGCUACUUUUUUACAUGGAGAUUGCGUCGUCCGUGAGUCAGCAUCGGACUGAUUGCCUCGCAUGAGCCACUGUCGGACGACGGCGGGGCUCAUUCCGUUCGGAGAAUAAGGAUGAGAAAAACCAAAGUGGGACGACUUAUUCUGGCAAUGUGCCUUGGUUCCUUUUUCUUUAUUAUAUUGUAUUUCCAGAACAGUUCUAGAUCGGUGAUUGCACUUGGUGGGGCGAGGAGAAACGCCACAGGGAAGUCCCGGAGAAAUCCGCUGCAUACAUUAUACGACAAUGAUCAGCUGGAGCAGUCUGCUGUGCAGGCGUCCCUUCUGGGCCGCCGAGAGCUCCUGGAGGAGGUCUGCCGCUCGCACACCCACAAGAGGCGCGUGCUGACCCCCGAGGACCUGCGUCACCUGGUGGUGGACGACGAGCACGGCCUGCUCUACUGCUACGUGCCCAAGGUGGCCUGCACCAACUGGAAACGCGUGCUCAUGGUCCUGACAGGGAAGGGGCGCUACCACGAGCCGCUGGCCAUCCCGGCCAACGAGGCGCACGUGCCAGGCAACCUGCGCACGCUGUCGGAGUACUCCGCAGCCGAGAUCAACCGCCGCCUGCGCAGCUACCUGAAGUUCAUCUUUGUGCGCGAGCCCUUCGAGCGAUUGGUGUCGGCCUACCGCAACAAGUUCACGCGUAGCUACAACACGGCCUUCCACAAACGCUACGGCACGAAGAUCAUUCGCCGUCACAGGCCCGACCCGAAGCCCAGGUCUUUGGAGCGCGGGGACGACGUCUCCUUCGAGGAGUUUGUCUACUACCUGGUGGACCCACAAACACAGAGAGAGGAGCCCUUUAAUGAACACUGGGAGCGGGUGCACUCGCUCUGCCACCCUUGCCUCAUCCACUACGACGUAGUGGGAAAAUAUGAGACCCUAGCUCAGGACUCCCGCUAUGUGCUCAAACUGGCUGGCGUGGACUCUGAGGUCCGCUUCCCCACCUCGGGGAAGACUACCCGCACCACAGGUGACAUGGCUGCCCAGUUCUUUCGGAAUAUUAGUCCUUUCUAUCAGAAGAAGCUCUUCAACCUCUAUAGGAUGGACUUCUUGCUUUUCAACUACACCACACCAACUUACUUGAAGUUAAGAUGAGGAUAGGUACAUUUUCCAACCAAUGUCAGUAUGUUUACUUCUUUGUGAAUGUUUUGUGCUUUUUUACUGAUUGUGAUGCCCCAAAAUGAAACUUAAGAAGGGAAAAUGUCAGGACAAUUGUCAUGGGGCAUAUCUCUCUAGUGUGAAGACAUUGACACUGUCUGUGACAGGAGAAUUUAACAAAAUGGCUGCCUCUUUUACGGACUGGAAUUAGUGCCUUAUGUGUCAGUUUUCUAAGGGUUUUAAGGCAGUUACAUGAAGUCACAGCUUUCUUUUGAAUUUCAUUCCAUGCAUGUUUCUUGACUAUUUAUGGUAUUGUCAAAAAUAUUUAUUGUGGAUUAUUGUGGAUGAAGAUUAAACCAAACCAUCCCAAUAAAUUACAUUUCUUAGUGUUCUAUGUAUGUCAGGUUUCAAUGAAAAACAAAAUGUGGGCCAACUACUUUCCCUGUUGACUACUUGAACAUAAUAAAACCCCCUCAGAGUUUAGGAUGAAUUUAGGCUAAGGUGAAAUAUUACUUGAUUCAAUAAUGACAAUAAUGAAAAAGAUGAAUUUCCAAUUUCAUUCCAAUUUGAAUUAAAACAUUGAAAUGAUGGUGACCUGUGGCAGUCCUGCUGUAUCUGGACAGUUUCGGCGCUAAUGAAGGAAGUGGCAAAGGUUCCUUUUCACCGAGUCUCUCUUUAUUUAGUAUGAUCAGCCUGUGUCAACAGUGCAUAGCUGUGGUUUGGUGAAACGCAGACCCUCAUCAGAGCCUUCCUUGUUGAACUAUGCAGGGCAGUAGGAGGGCUAGACUACCUGUGGGUCACUAGAUUCAGAGGAGAAGAUUCUGUGAGAAACACCCAUCUCCAUCUAGAUAUGGCCCACAUGAAAAGUUGUCAAGUUGCUGAAUAAACGUGUAUUGGUUGUCA